AUAUUCAUUUAAAUACAGCAUCAUACUUGAAAAGAUUUUCUUUAACUGACACCAGAAGAGACAGUGGUAUUUCAUUAUCGACUCCUCCAUUAACUCCCACAUAUAGGAUUGACGAUUCUUGGUUAGAUUCUGAAAAUUUCGGUGAUGAUAAAUUAGCUAGAUAUCACGCUUUUUUGGAAGCAUUUGUACCAUCAAAAUUAAAACAAUCACCUAAUUAUAAACCAAUCCCAGAUCCAAGAAUUGAUAAAUCUGAAUUUUUGAAAUCAUUAUCUGAUGGCAGAUUAUUAUGUAAUAUUUAUAAUACGAUCGUUAAAUAUUCUAAACAACCCUUUGGAUUUAUUGAUAAAAUUCAUGAAGAUACAUCAAGAACAUAUCGUGUCAUAGAAAAUCUAAACUUUUUUGCAACUGCUGUAAAAUUACGAUUCGAUGUGAAAUUUGAAGAAUUCGAUGUAAAAGAAAUCAAAAAUUUAACAGAAAUCGGUGAAAUUCAU